AUAUACGGUAUUUACAUUUAUUCACUUUUAAGUUUUAAAAUGAGUUUUGAAUUUUUAGAAAAUACAGAAGAAUUAUUCUAUAACAAUGCCGUUAAUUAUUGGUCAGAAAUUCCAGCUACACUGGACGGUAUGCUCGGAGGCUUCGGAUAUAUCUCCCAAACAGACAUUAAAGGUUCCAAAAUGUUGUUAAAGCAACUAUUUAAUUCUAAAGAUCCUCCGGGUAGAGAGUAUGCCAUAGAUUGUGGAGCCGGUAUCGGGAGGAUCUCAAAAUUCUUAUUGACCGAGAUGUUUGAUAAAGUAGACAUGGUAGAACAAAAUGCAGCUUUUCUAGAACAAGCAAAAAAGUAUUUAGGACCAAAGAUAGCAAAAGUACCCAACUGUUAUUCUGUAGGCUUACAAAACUUUGAGCCGGAGCCCAACAAGUAUGAUGUUAUCUGGAUUCAGUGGGUAAUAGGACAUUUAACAAAUAAAGAUCUAGUCAAAUUUUUAAAAUCUUGCAGCAAGGGUUUAAAGAAAAAUGGUGUGAUAGUUUUAAAAGAAAACAUAACCUCUACAGACGAUAUUGAAAAAGAUGAACAAGAUUCUUCAGUUACCCGACCAAUGUAUCUCUUCCAUCAGUUAUUUCAAAAAGCAGACUUGACUUGUUAUAGGCAGUCCAAGCAACACAACUUUCCUAAAGGUUUAUUUUCCGUCUAUAUGUUUGUAUUAAAACCUAUUAAAGAUGAUGUACCUGACACAACACCUCAAACAGAAGAAUCACCCUUAAAAGAGAAAUCACUUCCAUUAGUUGAGUUAUCUAAAGAAGAUGAGCAAAUUAAUGAAGCUACUAAAGAUCUGGAGAAUACUACUGAAGUCCAGCAGUUGUCAAAACCUGAUAUUAAUGAACUACAACAAUCCAGAAAUGUUGAGACCAAAGAUAUAAUUGAAAAAUGAGGACUAAGUGUACAGUUUGAGUGUACUAAGGACUAAGUGUACAAUUUUUAUGAAUGUAUGUGGUUUUAUUACAGUGAACAAUAAAUAAAGAUAAAAUGACUUUAA